UGGCUGCAGAGCGACCGUCGUGGAGGGUGGGUUUGCGCGUGUUCGGUCCUUAUCUCUCUUAGUCCGCCUCUCGUCUCGCCGCUCCCUCCUCCCCCUGCACCUCCUACCAGUUCUACCCCUCCUCUGAUCAUUGUUUCCAGGCCUGGCCGUGUGGACACGGCUCGCUCGUCCGUAAUAAAGGAUCGGGUCACUAAUAGGUGGACUGGCCGGCCCGCGGGAACGGUGCAUUCGCUGUACAUUGUGCUGCGCGAAGAGUUACUACACGUGCGAGUGCGUGAUCCGUGCGUGCGCGCGCGUGAACUCCCUGCUUCGUUCUGUUGUGAACCCCAGCCUGCUUCAGCCGUGCCGCGCCGCGGGGACAGCAGUACCCUACCGUAACCUGCAGUAACCCUUCUCUGUGUGCCCCCCUUCGACAAGAGGACCAUCCGCAAUUACCAAAAUGAAGUGCACCACGUUCACCGCCGUAGCGUUGCUUCUCGGUAUUAUUGUUGGGUGUACGCAUUCGCAAGAGAAUACGCCGUCCGCCGACGACGUGCUGCAACAGGUCGGCAGCGUGGUGGGCGACAUCCCGGAAUUGAAGAACCUCAACACGUCGGCGCUGCCCAGCAUCGAGCAGGCCAAGAAUCUGUUCAGAGAGAAGUGCACGAAGAACGGCGGACCGGACGCGUACGACAAUGCCCAACGCGCCCAAAUUGAGAUGGGGCAGUGCCUUCAGUCGCUCAUCAACAUCACGGAGCUCCAGGCGGAGAUGGAGAAGUACAAGCCGACCGGCGAUUUGGAUAUCGUCUUCAAGAACUAUUGCAACAAGCGCUCCACUCUGCGGGCUUGCGUCAACAAUUUCACGCAGACGGUGGAGCUAUGUCUAGACGAGACGGAGAGGGAGAACAAGAAAAUAGUGAUGAACAUAACCGACUCGCUGCUCGAAUUUGUCUGCUACAAGGAGGGAGAUCGAAUCGCCCUUUUCAUAUCGGCUGGAGGACCAGAGUGCUACCAAUCAAAACAGCAAGCGAUUCAGGAUUGUGCCAACCGUACGUUUAGUGGUUACAUACCAAAAACUGAUUUCAGUAACAAUUUAAUGGAGAGUCUACCGUCAUUGCAUUUCGGUACCAAAGAAUGCAGGGACAUAACCAAAUUCCAAGCCUGCGUUGUGGCGGAAUUGGAACACUGUGCGGAUCCCACGCCUGCGAACAUAAUGGAUUCGAUAUUCAAUUUCAUCAAGAGAGUGACGCCCUGCGAGAACUUACUCAACGCAGAAAGCGCCGCUGCUACCGGUACACAGUCCACAUCCAGCGCUUCGCGCGUGGGCGUUUUUUCUACCACAGCGAUUCUGUCUAUUGUUUUAUCUUUUGUAGCAAGCUAUUAUGUUGUAGCCUUAUCCAUAUAACAAUGUAAGUACAUUGUGAAGCUUUAAGACAUAUUCCAAAUAUUGCGAGGACACGCGACGAAUAGAGACAUAUGAAAGUUUAUAUGACGGAAAACUGUAAAUAUAAAAAAUAAUUCAUAGCCACAAAGGAUAUGUUUUCAAUUAUUAUUUGCUUUUUUCUAAUUGUAUUUUUUAUUUUCAUUUUUUACAAAAUAAGAUUUAAUUUUCUUUUUUUUUUUUUGGCAUAGACAUAUACUUAUUACGAGAGUAAUAAUUAUUAAUUAAAUAUAAAAAUAUAACUAUUUGUAAUUUAAUGUACAUAUUAAUAUGCAAGCUAUGUUGCAUUCAAUAAUGCUGGUUUUUUUUAUUUUAUUGAUUAAUAUGAAAAAUUCUUGAACAUUCAAAAUUUUAAUAUUUUGUAUUAAAAGCAGUUUCUGUUCUUUCUGUUAAUCAUCUUAAUGGCUACUCACAUCAAGAUUCUGUGAAAUAUAUAAAUAUAUUGCUAUAUCUUUUACACGUCUAUGUCUGUUAUAUGUAAGAAUAUUAUUUAUGUGGUUAUAUUCUAUGUAUAUGUUUACAACUGUUACUUGCUAUAUUACGCAAGUGAAACAUAUAAUAAGCGAGAUAAUUCUUAUAAAAAGAUUAAAAAUAUUUUACAUUAAAGUAUAUGAUAAAUUAAUUAGAGUUACGUUUAUAUGAGUAAAUAUUUAAUACUACGUGUUUUUUUUUGUACAUUUUGUACAUGUUCCCAAAAAUCUUGUAGAUAAGAGUUUAGAUAAAUUCGUUUUAGAAAUAAAAUAUCAUGUUGUCAAAUUCAAACUUUAAUUAUAAAACAAUUUUUGGAAAACAAUUUGCUUCUCUAAGAAAAGAAACGUUCGAUUGUAUAGUUUAUAAACGCGAACAAAUUGUGAUGUUAGCUCGUAAAAAGCUUUCACUACUGUACGACCGAGGUAAAGCAGUAUUGUUUGUAAAGCAACUUAAUUAGAACUCGCAUGACAUUUUUAUCAUUAAGAUAAAAGAAACCAAACACGUGGACGUUUAAUUAAUAUAAAACUACUAUUACGAUAUGUUAUGGCGAAUGUAUCUUAAUGCAUACUUUAAGAACCAAAGUUGUAAUAAUUUUGUUAAGGCAAUGUAUUUAAUAAAUUCGGUACCUUAUUUACAA